UGUAUUAUGUUGUGUAUAUGCUACCGUAAAGUUUUAAUAUUAAUCGCAGUGUCGUAAACAAACUAAGCAAAACCGAUUACUAUUUAUUUUCAAAAUUUUUUCUGAAUUAAAGUAUAGUUAUAAAGUUUGAUGUUGAAAAGUUCGGCUGGUAUUUUUGAUCAACGAGUUAUAUUUGUUUCUAAAAAAAUGUUUGUUACUCGCGCUUUCGCACUUCGACAAUAUGAAACUGUAGCGCGAUGAAAAGUCACUAUUUACUUUUUCAAGAUACUUGAUGCUCAUCAUCAAUGUUCUUGCAAUGAAAAUAAAGCACCCGACACAUUUUUCAAGCUCAGAGCAUGGAGAGUCAGCGCGCAGUCUAAGAUUGGUGGGGUCAUCGUCAUCUCGAUACUAGAGCGAGUAAGAAAAAAAAAAACAUCGUAUAGCGGCACAGGCACACGAGGCGCUGAGCGAGCUGCUGCGCUCACUCUCUCGCUCUCUCUGAUAUAUUUCUGCUCCGUAUUAUAAUAUUGUGGCGCGCGUAGUAAUAUGCACGAGCCCAAGACUCGACUGUGCAGCAUCGACAUCAGUCGGAGCCGCGUGUUGCUGUAGGCGCGUUACAUUACGACUCGGCCCAGAACGACGGAUUUUUGUCGUCUUCGUUUGAGAGGCGACGUGGUGCUUCGUGAGUGCAAGCAUAAUUGACAUUCGUGAAAAAAGCCAGAGACAGCGGUCGAGAUGAGGCCGUUCGAACUGUGUCUAAUUGUGCUGUUCUUGUUUGAUGGACUGUACAGCGUUGCAUCGGCCGACAACGAGCAUAACAAUGAUGCGAUCGUGUUCACCGUGGCGACAAACGCGACGGACGGAUUUCAACGUUACAUACGCUCCACGGAGGUCAAUGGUUUUCGCAAACAAGUUCGAGUUUUGGGCAUGGGCCAAGCUUGGCGAGGCGGAGACGUCCAACGUUACGCCGGCGGCGGACACAAAGUUAAUCUGCUCAAAGAAGCUCUCGAGCCUUACAAGGACGAUCUCGAUAGAGUCGUUCUCUUUACCGAUAGCUACGACGUAAUAUUUCUGAAAAAUCUCGAAGUUAUCAUUGCCAAAUUCAAAGAAUGGAAGGACGAGCCUCGAGUAAUUUUUUCCGCCGAGGAAUACUGCUGGCCCGACAAAAAAUUAGCCGCUCAGUAUCCGGAAGUGGCGAGGGGCAAGCGCUACCUGAACAGCGGCGGCUUUAUCGGUUACGCGUCCGACAUUUACAGCAUGAUCAGCAGCGUCGACAUCGACGACGGCGGCGACGAUCAGCUCUUCUUCACGAAGAUGUAUCUCGACCAAGACACGAGGAGCAAACACAAUAUCAAGCUGGAUCACAAGAGCGAAAUUUUCCAGAACCUUAACGGGGCCUCGUACGAUAUCGAGCUACGUUUCAAGGGAGAGGAGGCUUACGUGCAAAACACUGCCUACAACACCGUGCCCAUGAUUCUUCACGGUAACGGUUACAGUAAGCUGCUGCUCAAUUCGCUUGGCAACUACGUGGCUCAAUCUUGGAACUCGGAAGAAGGCUGCAUCAGCUGCUGGGACAACACCGUCGAACUCGAGGGAGAAGAUCCGAACUCCUUCCCGACGAUCCUCGUAGCGCUGUUUAUCGAAAAGCCGACCCCCUUCCUCGAGGAAUUUUUUGAAAAGAUAUCCAAACAAAAGUACCCCAAGGAAAAACUCCAUCUUCUUGUGCAUAAUAAGGUCGAUUAUCAUAAUGAACUGAUACAGGCCUUUAUUGAAGAACACGAAGGAAAGUACAAGAGUAUAAAACAAAUAAGACCAGAAGACGAAGUUAGCGAAGCCAUAGCCCGUGAUUUAGCUGUUGAUCGCUGUUUGAUGUUGAAAUGCUCGGGUUACUUUUCCGUGGAUUCGGAAGCUCAUCUUGACAACGAAAAUACUUUGAGAUUGCUGGUCGAGCAGCAGAGAGGUAUCGUAGCACCAUUGCUGGUGAGACCAUUCAAGGCUUGGAGCAAUUUCUGGGGUGCCAUCACCGACGAUGGCUUUUAUGCCCGAAGCACUGAUUACAUGGACAUCAUUCACAACGAGCGCAGAGGACUGUGGAACGUGCCGUUCAUCAGCAACUGUUACCUCGUCAACGCGACUCUGCUGGCCCACGAGGACACGAGGCCGGUUUACGAGGACCCCGAGCUCGACCCGGACAUGUCCUUCGCCAGCGCCUACCGACGCCGCAACGUCUUCAUGUACGUGAGCAAUCGACUGGACUUUGGUCACCUCGUCAAUCCCGACUCGUACAACGUUUCGCUCACCCAUCCGGACAUGUAUCAGCUGUUUGACAAUAAACUCGACUGGGAGAAGAGGUACAUUCACGAGAACUAUUCCAAAAACUUCGAGGCCGAUCGUGCGCCACUUCAGCCCUGCCCGGACGUAUUCUGGUUUCCUAUUUUGACUCGCCGUUUCACCAAAGAAUGGAUCAACAUCAUGGAAAAUUAUGGAAAAUGGUCCGAUGGUUCCAAUUACGAUCCAAGACUGUCGGACGGUUAUGAGAACGUACCGACUCGUGAUAUACACAUGAACCAAGUUGGCCUGGAAGCCCAGUGGUUGUACUUUCUGCAGAACUACGUUCGGCCGCUCCAAGAGCUCGUCUACCUUGGCUAUUAUCACUUUCCACCACGUUCGUUGAUGAACUUCGUCGUUCGUUAUCGUCCGGACGAGCAGCCCAGUCUCAAGCCUCAUCACGACAGCUCGACGUACACCAUCAACGUGGCCCUGAACGAGGUAGGAGUCGAUUACGAGGGUGGUGGCUGUCGUUUCAUUCGUUACAAUUGCUCGGUCACGGACACCAAACCCGGUUGGAUGCUCAUGCACCCGGGAAGACUUACCCAUUAUCACGAGGGUCUCAGAGUUACCAAGGGAACGAGAUACAUCAUGAUAUCGUUCGUCGAUCCGUGAAAUUGAAAGAAUUAUGAUUCCCACGGACAAUAGCUCGUCUAACGUAAAUUUGUAUUUGAAGACUUUAAAUUUUAAUUUAUCGUAUCUUUUUUAUUCGUCGCCGUUUCAUUGUAAUCCAUUUUCUGAUUCAUGUAGCUUGUAGCUUUAUGAUAGAUAUCGUUAUACACUUUAAAACUUGAAGCAUAUAAAACUGCCGAGAAUACUUAAUGUCGUGUAAUUUGUUUUAGAGACUGAGAAUUUAAUAUAAAUAAAGAUACCAGAAUCAGAAAUUUAAGUAAAUGAGAACAAGUAAUUGAAAGGUUUGUAAGAUAGUCUAAUAUCAUAAGUGAUACUUUUUGUUGUAAGUUUUGUUACUAACUUAUAAAAAAACUUUUUAAUUUUAAUUUCUUAGUUCAUUCUAUAGAUAAAAGUUUUUUUAUCAAUUUUGUAUUUUAGCACAAGAAAUUAUAAAGAUAUUCAAUCAAAUGAACAAUAACAAUGAACAAAAGAAAGAUUUCAAAGAACAAGUGGAUCAAUGCAUUAAAAAUAUUUCCUGACAAUUUUUAAUAUUAUAAUAGGAAAAUAUUGUUCAUGUGCUUUAGAUUUUAGCUAAAAGAGUCGUUAAGUAAUUUACUUUAAAAAGUAAAUCGUUAUGUGCAUUUUUGUCUUGAUGCUUUUUUGAGUUUUUUUUUAAAUGAUGAAAAGAUUACACUAUUUUAUCUAUAAUUAAAAUAUCUGUCGACAUUUGUAAAUAAUGUUUGUAAAAAACCAAUAUGACUAAUA